AUCUUGUCUCUCCCUACCUCCACUGGGAAUCACUCAUUCCAGUACAAAGGGACCAAGCCCAAAUGAAUCCUCAUAUUUCUCAUUUCGACAAGAAUGUCUCUCCUCAAACCCGAGAGGACCCCUGAUUUUCUACCAUCCUCCAAGCGCCUUAGCAAUUUCCUUGCAUUUCAAUCCAGACCCAGAAAGAAACGUGCCCAGAAGAGCCAUGCAUUCACUGUUAGAUCCAUGACGAUAGCCGAGGAGAGAUACCGAGGCCAGCUCAACUCGCCUAAUGGCCUUGCGGGGAGCCCUGACAAAGUACUCUCUUUAUGAUGAUCAGUCCAUUGAAUAUUACUCUAUGGGUCAGGUAAGGGCGACUCCGAACAGUCAAAGAAAAACAAAGAUAGUUUGUACAAUUGGACCCUCCACAAGCACACGUGAGAUGAUAUGGAAACUGGCAGAAACUGGAAUGAAUGUCGCACGUUUAAAUAUGUCUCAUGGGGACCAUUCAUCACACCAGAAAACCAUUGAUCUUGUUAAAGAGUACAACUCUCAGUUUGAUGACAAGGUCAUCGCCAUAAUGUUGGACACCAAGGGGCCUGAGGUUCGAAGUGGAGAUUUACCUCAACCUAUAAUGCUUGAAGAAGGACAAGAAUUUAAUUUUACAAUUAAAAUAGGAGUCAGCACAGAAAACACUGUCAGCGUGAAUUAUGAUGCCUUUGUGAAUGAUGUGGAGGUUGGAGACAUGCUACUGGUUGAUGGUGGAAUGAUGUCUUUACUUGUUAAGUCGAAGACACAUGAUACUGUUAAAUGUGAAGUAUUUGGUGGUGGAGAAUUAAAAUCAAGGUGUCAUUUAAAUGUUCGUGGCAAAAGUGCAAAUCUCCCUUCAAUUACAGAUAAAGACUGGGAAGAUAUCAAGUUUGGAGUGGACAACCAAGUCGAUUUCUAUGUUGUCUUUUUUGUAAAAGAUGCUAGAGUGGUUCAUGAGUUGAAAGAUUAUCUUAAAAGUUGCAAUGCAGACAUUCACGUGAUUGUAAAAAUUGAAAGUGCAGACUCUAUCCCAAAUCUUCAUUCAAUUAUUCCUGCAUCUGAUGGGGCAAUGGUUGCUCGUGGGGACCUAGGAGCUAAACUGUCGAUUGAGGAUGUUCCUCUGUUAUAGAUUCUGUCAUGAAUGAAAUUUCCUUAUUACGUACAAGAGGACAUAAUUAGAAGGUGUCAGAGAAUGCAGAAACCAGUUAUUGUAGAAACAAACAUGCUGGAGAGCAUGAUUAAUCAUCCUAUGCCAACAAGGGCAGAAGUCUCUGACAUUGCAAUUGCAGUACGGGAAGGUGCUGAUGUGGUCAUGCUUUCUGGAGAAACUGCCCACGGAAAAGAAAGGAUUAAGCAGAGGCUGGUGCUUUAUCAUGGUGUUCUUCCUAUAUAUAUGGAAUUCUCAAAUGACGUUGAAGAAACCUUCUCUAGAGCACUCAAGCACUUACUGACUUCAGGAUAGGGGUCAUUUAAAAGAGGGAGAGGAUGUCACACUUGUCCAAAGUGGUGCGCAACCAAUAUGGCGUUAAGAAUCUACUCAUCACAUUCAAGUGCGCAGGGUGCAGAGUUGAUUUUGUGCUGGAAAGGAGUUUUAUUUUUUAGUGGCUGAUAGUAAACAAAAUUUUAAUUCAAGUUGUGAAUUAGUGUUCCUGUACAAACUGGGCAAACACCACCCCUUUUGCAGUAUUUUGGUACUCACUUGACCAGAGGAAAGCUUAAUGUUUUCGAGUCAUUGGAACUAUCACGUCUUGUUGUGAACUAGAACAAGAAUAAUUUUUUGGAAAAUUGGCUAGUAGAAGACAAAUUAGAAUGCAUCGAGGAGCUAGGAGAUCUUGUGAAGUAUCUAGCUUCUGUUUUGCUUCUACUUCUGGGGUCUCUACUAUUGGAGUACCAAGCUUGCUGGCCCAAAAUGGUCACCAUUUGCUUCAUGGAUAACUGGCUGG